AUGAAAUAAUAUUAGAUCGUAGAAAAUAAUAACCAAAAUUCGAGCCAUUAUUAGAAUAAAAAGGAAUUGGAUGAUGUAUUAGGGAAAGAAUAAAGGAGGAAAUAGUAAUUUAAUUAAGAAUUCUUUGCUUAAGAGGUAGAGUGAAUAAUAUAAUUUGAUUAGAUGUAAAUUGGAAAUAAAAGCUAGGGCAGUCAAAUUUUUAAAUAAUUAUAUGAGAUAAUUGAAAAUAAUAUUAACAUCAUAUAAAUGAUAGUUUAAGACAUAUUGAAAGUGAAGUAAUAUGUUUUAAUGAAAUUUGAUUAAAUUAACUAUUUGUCAGAAUAAUGGAUUAGAGACUUAUAAGAAAUUACAAAUAUAAAGAUGGAAAUAAAAGGAAAUAAUGAAUUAUUUGAUGAAAAGAGAGAAUUCGAGAUUCAAAAUAAUUAAAUAAAUUCAUCAUAUUAAAGAAAGAUAAUGAGAGCAAUUAAAUAAAUGAAAAAGAUAAUAUAACAAAAUAGUAUAGAAAUAUAAUUAGAAAAUAAUUUAAUAAUCUAUUAAGGUUUAAAGAAUUUAGAUGACAAAGAAUAAUAAGCUUAAUAAAAUAAUUCUGUUUGUUAUUAACUGUUAAGUCAAAUGAAUUAAUAAGAAAUAUGUUAUAGCUUAGCAUUUAAUUAUAAUGGAACAAUAAUGGUUAGUGGAUGUUAAGAAAACAUAAAGAUAUGGAAAUUUAAUGGAAGAAUGAUUGAUUGUCUCUAAAUUAUUAAAGGGGAUAGUGAUAUAGAUUAUGCAACUUGUUUGGUUUUUAGUAAGAAAAGUAAUUCAUUUAUAUCGGGAAGCUUUGAUACAUCUAUUAAAAUAUAUAAAGAAUAAAAUAAUAUAUGGAAUAAAUCUAUUUGUUAUUUUAAACAUGAUGGUGUUAUUACAUGUGUAAUUUUAAGUAAUUAAGAAGAUUAAUUGAUAUCUAGUAGUUAAGAUCACUAUAUAAAUAUUUGGAAGAUUGAUUUUAUUUAAAAUUCUCUUUAGUUUUAAUACUCAUUAAAAAGGCAUGAGAAGGUAAUAUUUAGCUUAAUAAUUAAUAAAUAAGAUACAGAGUUAAUUUCAACUAGUUUAGAUAAGAAGAUUAUUAUUUGGAAUAAGGAUGCCAAUUAAAAAUGGUGUUUUAAUUACUUAAUUGAUCAUCCUAUUGAUGAUUAUGGUUGUACAAUUUCAUAUAUCACAGAUUCUAUUAUUGCAUGGUAAUAAAGCCAUUAACCAUAUAUUCAUUUCUUUUAAUAAGAGAAUGGAAUUUACAUUGAAAAAUAACAGUUAAGAUUAGAAUUGCCUAAUAUUUCAGAUGAAACUAAUUUAUUCUCAUUUCCUAAUAUAUUCAACUUUGAAAAAUAAAUAUUAAUUUUGAAAUACAAUUAAAUGAUCCAUUUUAUUAGUUAUGAAGAAAAAACUUUUCAAUUUUAAUUUGUAUCCAAACCUAUACAAUUAUCUAAUAAUUCAAUUUAUGGUAAUUUAUCUUAAGAUGGUAAAUACUUAGGCUUUUGGGAUUAUAAAAUGAAGUAAUAUAGCAUUUAUGAGUUAUAAUAUUAAUGA